AUGGACUUUCAAAACGUGAAUCCUCUGAAUGUCCAAUUAAAUUACGUAAGCGGCAAUUUGCUACCUGUAGCUCCGUGCAAUUCGCAAUUCUCGAGCGCAUGGAAAUUGUACGGCGGUUUGACAUGGUUGCUUCAAGUGGCACAAGUAAGCGUAUUAAUGGCAGGUUUUGCGCUGGUAUCGUGGGAGCAUGCUAUUCAAGAGGGCACGCUUACCUUUGUAUUCGUCAUUGAAGUAUUCUUCAUAGCUGGACAUCUUCAAACACAGGGAAAAUUAGCGAAACGACUAAUUCAAAAACUAAACGAUAUUCUGCAGAUCGACGACGAGAUCAUGAAGGACAUCGUAAUAAAAACCAUCAAACCCAUUGAAACUCCGCUGAGAUAUUACUGCAUGGUGGGUUCACUUUGCGUCACGACAUUUUUUUCACUACAGUUUCUGACAGUCUUCGAGAAAGAUACAUUCAUUUAUGAGGAUUUUAAGAUGCCAAUAGCUUUUACUAAACAACCAUUCUCGAUCCGAACUUUCGUGCUGGGUUGUAUUCUGAUAAUGGUCGGUAACAUCCAAAUUUUUCUGAAGAAAUGUGGUUUGGAUAUGUACAUAAUACACUUCGUGCUGAUGAUAACGGCGCAAUAUCGCUAUAUUGCCACGAAACUCACCACGAUAUUUCGAGAUGCAGAUAAGCAAUGCAAUUUCAGAAAAGUUAACUAUGAAGUAGAUCACUGGACGGAGAAUGAAAUAAAAGCGUUAUGCCGGCAUCACAUUAAUGUCAUAUGUUUAUCAGGUUUACUUAAAGAAUUAUUGUCUUCGAGCCUUAAUAUGAUUUAUAUAAAUAGUGUGGUACUAUCGACCACUCUCGUGGAAAUGAUCUUGGUCGCCAUAUAUUCAAGCGGCGCAAUAGUGGAAUUUUAUAUGUUAUGUUCUUACGUGCAACAAUUACAGGACGCAUUUAGAGAUAUUCCCUGUUCCAUCCAACGUCACUGUCCGGGGCCUUCCUGGAACGAUGAAGUCCAGGAUUGCAUUUAUCUUUUCGGUGGUCGUCCUAGCGGUCUCCUGUUCAGCAGUAUCUUGUUUUUAAAUAUUUUCGCUAAUCUUUGUGGGUCCAUGCGAUCUACGUGA